CGCCCCCGCCUCGCCCGCACCAUGAUCGCCGCCGCUUUUCUCGUCUUGCUGAGACCCUACAGCAUCCAAUGUGCCCUCUUCCUCUUGUUGCUUCUGCUGGGCACCAUCGCCACCAUCAUCUUCUUCUGCUGCUGGCACCGCAGGCUCCAGAAGGGGAGGCAUCCGAUGAAAUCGGUCUUUUCGGGCCGUUCAAGGAGCCGAGAUGCUGUUUUGAGAUCUCACCACUUUCGUUCCGAGGGCUUCCGAGCCAGCCCUCGGCACCUUCGGAGACGGGCGGCAGCGGCAGCAGCUGCCCGGCUGGAGGAGGCCAAGCCGGUGGUGGAGGUUCACCACCAGAGCGAGCAGGAGGUUUCAGUGAGGAAGCGAAGACUCAAGAAGAACAGCCGCGUGCAGCCAGAAUUCUACCACUCCGUCCAAGGCGCGCCCGCCAGGAGGCCUAGUUCCGGGAACGCGUCCUACCGCUGCUCUAUGUCUUCCUCUGCGGAUUUUUCCGAUGAAGAUGAUUUCAGCCAGAAAUCUGGCUCUGCAUCUCCAGCUCCUGGAGACACCUUACCUUGGAAUUUGCCUAAACACGAGAGAUCGAAGAGAAAGAUCCACGGGGGCUCCGUGCUGGACCCCGCGGAGAGGGCAGUACUUCGGAUAGCAGAUGAACGGGACAAAGUUCAAAAGAAGACGUUUACAAAAUGGAUAAAUCAGCAUCUCAUGAAGGUUCGGAAACAUGUGAACGACCUCUACGAAGACUUAAGGGACGGACACAAUUUGAUCUCUCUUUUAGAGGUUCUUUCGGGAGACACCUUGCCCCGAGAGAAAGGUCGGAUGCGUUUUCACAGACUACAGAAUGUACAAAUUGCACUUGACUAUUUGAAAAGACGCCAGGUGAAAUUAGUGAAUAUUAGAAAUGAUGACAUAACAGAUGGAAAUCCCAAAUUGACUUUGGGAUUAAUAUGGACAAUAAUUUUGCACUUUCAGAUAUCUGAUAUCCAUGUUACUGGAGAAUCAGAGGACAUGUCUGCAAAAGAGAGGCUGUUACUGUGGACACAGCAGGCGACCGAGGGCUAUGCGGGGAUCCGGUGUGAAAACUUCACCACCUGCUGGAGAGAUGGAAAACUCUUUAAUGCCAUCAUUCACAAAUACAGGCCUGACCUGAUAGACAUGAAUACUGUUGCUGUUCAAAGCAACCUUGCGAAUUUAGAGCACGCUUUCUACGUAGCAGAGAAAAUCGGUGUUAUUCGACUUCUGGAUCCAGAAGAUGUUGAUGUCUCCUCACCUGAUGAAAAGUCAGUAAUAACUUAUGUGUCGUCUCUCUAUGAUGCGUUUCCCAAAGUCCCCGAGGGCGGCGAAGGCAUCAGUGCAAAUGAUGUUGAAGUCAAGUGGAUCGAAUACCAGAACAUGGUCAACUACCUCAUCCAGUGGAUCCGACACCACGUGACCACCAUGUCCGAGAGAACAUUCCCUAAUAACCCUGUGGAACUAAAGGCACUUUAUAACCAGUAUUUACAGUUUAAAGAAACAGAAAUCCCACCGAAGGAGACAGAAAAAUCAAAAAUUAAACGCCUGUAUAAAUUGUUAGAGAUCUGGAUCGAGUUCGGACGCAUCAAACUGCUUCAAGGUUACCACCCCAACGACGUGGAAAAGGAGUGGGGGAAGCUCAUCAUCGCCAUGCUCGAGAGGGAGAAGGCCCUGCGGCCCGAGGUGGAGAGGUUGGAAAUGUUGCAGCAGAUUGCGAGCCGAGUUCAGAGGGACAGCGUCGUCUGUGAAGACAAACUGUUACUUGCCCGAAACGCUCUCCAGGCUGAUUCUAAACGAUUAGAAUCAGGGGUGCAGUUUCAGAAUGAAGCAGAAGUUGCCGGGUAUAUCCUAGAAUGCGAGAACCUUUUACGCCAGCAUGUAAUUGAUGUACAGAUUCUUACUGAUGGAAAAUACUACCAGGCAGACCAGUUGGUACAGAGAGUGGCAAAACUGCGCGAUGACAUCAUGGCCUUAAGGAAUGAAUGUUCCUCAAUGUACAGCAAAGGCCGCAUGCUGACGACAGAGCAGACGAGGCUCAUGAUCUCAGGAAUCACGCAGAGUUUAAACUCGGGAUUCGCACAGACCAUGAACUCCAGUCUGAACUCAGGGCUGACGCCCUCCCUGACCCCACCCAGUGUGACCUCGGGCCUGACUUCCCGCCUGACCCCAUCUGUCACUCCUGCGUAUACACCUGGCUUCCCAUCUGGAGUGCUUCCAAAUUUCAGCUCAGGGGUAGAGACAAAUUCACUGCAGACUCUGAAGCUGAUGCAGAUUCGAAAGCCUCUUAUGAAGUCAUCUCUGCUGGAUCAGAAUUUAACCGAAGAGGAAAUCAACAUGAAGUUUGUUCAGGAUCUUUUGAGUUGGGUUGAUGAGAUGCAGGUGCAGCUGGACCGCACGGAGUGGGGAUCAGACCUGCCGAGUGUUGAAAGCCAUUUAGAGAAUCAUAAAAAUGUUCACCGAGCUAUUGAAGAAUUUGAAGCCAGCCUCAAAGAAGCUAAGAUCAGUGAGAUCCAGAUGACGGCACCUCUUAAACUUACUUACACAGAAAAGUUGCACAGGUUGGAGAGUCAGUAUGCAAAACUCUUGAAUACAUCCAGGAAUCAGGAACGCCACCUCGAUACACUCCAUAAUUUUGUAACUCGGGCCACUAAUGAACUCAUCUGGUUGAAUGAAAAAGAAGAGGAGGAAGUUGCCUACGACUGGAGUGAAAGAAACACCAACAUAGCCCGGAAGAGCGAAUAUCAUGCCGAGUUAAUGAGAGAGCUUGAUCAAAAGGAAGAAAAUAUCAAAGCAGUGCAGGAGAUAGCGGAACAGCUACUUCUGGAAAAUCACCCUGCUCGGUUAACCAUUGAGGCCUACCGAGCAGCGAUGCAGACGCAGUGGAGCUGGGUCCUGCAGCUGUGCCAGUGUGUGGAACAGCACAUCAAGGACAACAGUGCCUACUUCGAGUUCUUCAAUGAUGCCAAAGAAGCCGCUGAUUACCUAAGGAAUCUAAAGGAUGCCAUUCAGCGGAAGUACAGCUGCGACAGAUCCAGCAGCCUUCACAAGCUGGAGGACCUGCUUCAGGAGUCGAUGGAAGAGAAAGAAGAGCUUUUGCAGUAUAAAAGCACGGUAGCCAGCCUGAUGGGGAGAGCCAAAACAAUCAUUCAGCUGAAGCCACGAAACCCUGACUGUUCACUGAAAACGUCCAUUCCCAUCAAAGCCAUCUGUGACUACCGACAAAUUGAGAUCACCAUUUUCAAAGACGAUGAGUGCAUUUUGGCCAACAACUCUCAUCGCGCCAAGUGGAAGGUCAUCAGCCCCACGGGGAACGAGGCCAUGGUCCCCGCCGUGUGCUUCACCAUCCCGCCUCCAAACAAAGAAGCCGUCGACUUUGCAAACAGGAUCGAGCAACAGUAUCAGAACGUCCUGACGCUCUGGCACGAGUCUCACAUCAACAUGAAGAGCGUGGUGUCCUGGCACUACCUCGUCAGCGAGAUCGACAGGAUGCGAGCCAGCAACGUGGCCUCAGUAAAGACAAUGUUACCUGGUGAACACCAGCAAGUUCUGAGUAAUCUACAAUCUCGCUUUGAAGAUUUUCUCGAAGAUAGCCAGGAAUCGCAAAUAUUUUCAGGCUCCGAUAUAACACAAUUGGAAAAGGAGGUGAAUGUAUGUAAGCAGUAUUACCAAGAGCUUCUUAAAUCUGCAGAAAGAGAGGAGCAGGAGGAGUCAGCUUACAAUCUCUACAUCUCGGAAGUUCGGAACCUCAGGCUUCGGCUGGAGAGCUGUGAAGACCGUCUGAUCAGACAGAUCCGGACGCCCCUGGAGAGGGACGACCUGCAGGAAAGCGUGUUCCGACUCGGGGAGCAGGAGAAACUAAAGAAAGAGCUGGAGCGACUUAAAGAUGACUUGGCCACCAUCACAAACAAAUGUGAAGACUUCUUCAGUCAAGCAGCUGCUUCUUCCUCAGCCCCCACAUUGCGCUCUGAGCUCAGUGUGGUCGUCCAGAGCAUGAACCAUGUCUAUUCCAUGUCCUCCACCUACAUUGAAAAGCUGAAAACUGUUAACUUGGUGUUAAAAAACACUCAAGCUGCAGAAGCCCUUGUAAAGCUCUAUGAAACGAAACUGUGUGAAGAGGAAGCAGUUAUAGCUGACAAAAAUAACAUUGAGAAUCUAAUAAGUACUUUAAAGCGAUGGAGAUCAGAGGUUGAUGAAAAGAGAGAGGUCUUCCACGCUCUGGAGGAUGAGCUGCAGAGAGCCAAGACCAUCAGUGAUGAGAUGUUUAAAACUUACAAGGAGCGUGACCUUGACCUUGACUGGCACAAAGAAAAAGCAGAUCAGCUGGUGGAGAGGUGGCAAAAUGUUCACGUACAGAUUGACAACAGGUUACGUGACCUGGAAGGCCUGGGCAAGUCGCUGAAGCAGUACAGAGACUCCUAUCAUCCUCUGGAUGACUGGAUCCAGCAGGUUGAGACGACUCAGAGAAAGAUUCAGGAAAAUCAGCCUGAAAAUAGCAAAACCCUCGCCACACAGUUGAAUCAGCAAAAGAUGCUGGUGUCGGAAAUAGAAAUGAAACAGAGCAAAAUGGACGAGUGUCAGAAAUUCGCAGAACAGUACUCCGUGGCCGUGAAGGACUACGAGUUACAGACAAUGACCUACCGGGCCAUGGUGGACUCGCAGCAGAAGUCUCCGGUGAAACGCAGGAGGGUGCAGAGCUCGGCCGACCUCGUCAUCCAGGAGUUCAUGGACCUAAGGACACGGUAUACUGCUCUGGUCACCCUCAUGACACAGUAUAUUAAAUUUGCUGGCGACUCACUGAAGAGGCUGGAAGAGGAGGAGAAGUCACUGGAUGAAGAAAAGAAAGAGCAUGUUGAGAAAGCCAAAGAAUUACAGAAAUGGGUAUCCAGUAUCAGCAAGACAUUGAGAGAUGGAGAGAAGGCUGGCAGGUCCUCCUUGUCCAGGCCAAAGAUUUCCAGUGAGGAAAUAUCAGUCAAGAAGGAACAGUUAUCUGAAGCACUGCAAACCAUGCAGCUCUUUCUGGCUAAACAUGGAGACAAAAUGACAGAUGAAGAACGAAUGGAAUUAGAAAAACAAGUGAAAACUCUGCAAGAGAGCUACAGUGUAUUCUUCAGUGAAUCCCUGAAACAGCUACAGCAGCUACAAACCUCGGCAGAGAUAAAGGUAGAGGAGAAGCUGGAUAAAGUGAUUGCGGGCACCGUUGACCGGAGCACGGGAGAGGUCCUGUCCAUCUUCCAGGCGGUCCUGAGAGGCCUCGUUGAUUACGACACCGGGAUCCGACUGCUCGAGACCCAGCUGCUGAUUUCCGGCCUCAUCUCCCCAGCGUUAAGAAAAUGCUUUGACCUCAAAGAUGCCCAGAGCCACGGCCUUAUUGAUGAGCAAGUUCUGAGCCACCUCCAAGAACUCAACGAGGCGAAGGCAGUGAUGUCCGCCGUAUCGCCCGCCACUGUUCCCGUGCUGGACGCCCUGGCCAAAGGGGUGAUCUCAGAACCCACGGCCAUCAGGGUCCUUGAGAUCCUGCUUUCCACGGGCUCUCUGGUUAUUCCGGCCACAGGAGAGCAGCUGACCCUGCAGAAGGCCUUCCAGCAGCACUGGAUUUCCUCCGCGUUGUUUUCUAAAAUCCUGGAAAGGCAAAAUACGUGUAAAGAUCUGAUUGACCCCUCCACCUCCGAGAAGGUGUCUUUACUGGAUCUCCUGCAGAGAAGUGUUUUGCAGGAAAACACUGGGGUGCGGCUUCUCCCUGUGAGGCCUCAAGAAGGAGGCAGGAUAACGUUGAAAGGUGGGAGAAGCAUAAGCAUUUUGAGGGCCGCCCACGAAGGUCUGGUAGACCGUGAAACCAUGUUCCGCUUGUUGGGCGCACAGCUGCUCUCUGGGGGGCUGAUCGAUGCCACGUCCGGCCGGAGGCUGACCGUGGAGGAAGCCGUGGCAGAGGGGGUGAUGGACAGGGACACUGCCAACAGCAUCCUCACCUACCAGGUCGAAACAGGCGGAAUCAUCCACUCCAACCCCGCCAGGCGCUUGACUGUGGACGAGGCGGUCCAGUGUGAUUUAAUCACCUCGAGCAGCGCCCUUCUGGUGCUUGAGGCCCAGCGAGGCUACGUGGGCCUCAUCUGGCCUCACUCGGGGGAAAUAUUCCCCACCUCUUCUUCUCUGCAGCAGGAGCUGAUUACGAAUGAAUUGGCCUGCAAGAUCCUGAACGGCAGACAGAAAAUAGCCGCUCUCUAUAUGCCAGAAACUUCCCAAGUCGUUGGGCUGGAGCUUGCCACACAGCUAGGGAUUAUAGAUAAUAACACGGCAUCGAUUUUGAAAAAUAUAGUACUGCCCGAUAAAAUGCCCGAUUUGGGAGAUCUAGAAGCCUGUAAAAAUGCCAGGAGGUGGCUCUCUUUUUGUAAAUUCCAACCAUCGACCGCCCAUGAUUACCGGCCGGCAGAGGAUGUUUUUGAUGAAGAAGAGCCGGUGGCGACGCAGAGCUCAGAGCAAACUAAGAAAUUAUUCCUGUCUUACUUGAUGAUAAAUAGCUAUAUGGAUGCGAACACAGGGCAGAGGCUUUUGCUGUAUGAUGGAGCCUUGGGCGAGGCUGUUGAAAUGCUCCACGAAGGCUGCGGUGCGGAAUUGAGGGAGGACACGCCCGGAAAAGAAGGUCUGGGUGUCUUAGGACUCCCUGGUGUGUUUCCCAGUCACACUUCCAGUACAGAAACAGGUGAAAGUACAGCUUCCCCAAGUAGUUUGGACACACGUCAUGGCAGAGAACCAAAGCAUAAGGAAGUCCCUGAGAACAGGAAACAGGCCAUUGAUGAAAUGUGUCAGGACAUGGGAACUGACAUUCCCAGGAGUGAGUUUCGCCCAUCAGGGAACCCGGCAGGUAGACUAGCAGCUGGCCCUCAAGUGAGUUCAUCCAGCGUGUGUCUUCCUGGCUCCCCAGAGCGUUUAACACAGCCUGGCCUUGCUGAGGUCCUCAGGCAGGAGUCCGCCAACAGACUUGAAAACGGCAAACACCAGAGGCAGAUUGAGACAAAGGAUCGUGCAGAUGAGUGUCGUCCUUCUGUAAACCUUCGAAACCUUGCAAGCGGUUUGAUACCAGAUCCUCUUGUGAAAUUGAAAACUGGUAGAAUCUGUGACAUGAAUGAAGCGGAGUGUGGAGAUGGUGUAAGCCGUCGUUCAGCUCUCUUUGACUAUUCCCCCAGGCUCAGUGCCUUGUUAAGUCACGAUAAGCUGAGGACCCAUCCAGGAGGCCGUGAGCACGUCCACCCUGCAGAGAGCAAUGGACACCCUCGCGAGGCCUCCGCCUUGCCAGUCAGUGACCAAACCAUGCCGCUGGGUCAAAGAAUGGGGGCAGGAUUUCAAGACCAGUUUCUGGGCAUUGCCGCUAUUAACAUCAGUUUACAGGGAGAACACGCUGCACAAAAAUCUUCCCAUGUUGGUUGCGAUCGUCCUCAGAUGCAGAAUCAAGAUCGUAAGGAUAGUUCAGACACUUGUGGUGGAGACGAAGAGAUGCUUGCUUCUGCUUGGCAGAAACCCGAAGACAAGCCUUGUGCGUCCCCGAGGGAAGGGCGUGCCUGUGCCUCGUCCCCGAGGGGGACCAGUGCUCAAGCGCCCCCGGCUGAUGCUCAUUCCCCAGUGUUUGAAGACCCUGCUGGCGCUGGGGCUGGAGACUAUGAGACGUCACUCCUGGACCAUCGGCAGAGUGACACCGAGACGGACACUGAGAGCAGCGAGGACUUUUAUGACACGCCCUUGUCUGAAGACGACGACCACGACUCCCUGCUCCUGCAGGGGGACGACCGUGAUUGUCUGCAGCCUGAGGACUGUGACUCGCUGCCAGAGGAAGAAGACAGGGCUGCUCCCCUGUCUUUCUAUGAUGUUUCUAAGGAGGGGGCACCAGCUGAUGGCUUCAAUGUUGGGGGAGAAGCUGAGUCUCUGCAGGGCUUUCUAGUUGGUUCCGAGACCCCUGAACUCAGUUCAGGUGGGGGACUCCACUUCAGUGCACUUGGCUCCUAUGAGGGGGGUGGACCGUGGAAGGAAACUGCAUGGGAAAUGGACGGCCCAGAUCACCUUGACAGUGAUGAGUCUGACUCGAUGAGCGACGGCGACCUUGAAGGAGAAGAAGAGGGCUUCAGGACUGCGUUAGAACCUGACGACACUGGCUCUUGGGGAGGGAGAGAGGGAGAGCGUGCCGCUGGACGAGAACUGAAACCUGAGGCUGGUCGCUUAGAUCCUGCGCAAAAUGGGGACAGUUGUGGGGACUCUGUGUGUGACAGUGGUGGUGACGAUGACGAUGGUGACGCUGAAGAAGAAGGAGCAGGGAGCGAGGGUGGAAAGCCCAUGACCCAGGGUGAGGCUGAGGAUGCGGGUGUCGGGGCGGGUGUUGCUGCGGUGCACGAGGCAGAGAGCCAUCGCGAGACUCAGGAGAGCAAUAAGAUGAUCCUCCCGGAUAAAAAGCACAGUCCUAGUCCUUCAGAAAAACAGCAAGAUGUACAUGUUUUACGGCUCGAAUCAAGUAGUGAAAGUAGCUUAGUCGCUGAAAGAAACAACCUUCCAGAACCUACAACGGAGUGUGUUCAGAACAGCAAAGGACAUGUGUUGCAGCACGAGAUGGCCCUUAAGGACGUCUUGCAGCCUGUCGUGAAAGGCACUGAGUCAGGAAACACUCUUGGCCCUGUCCCUGUUUCACCUAAUCCUGUUGUCAGUUCGGCUUCUGAACUUGAGUACGAGCUCAAGAACAUGGGUGGUGAGUUGAUUCAAGGGCCAGGAUCUGCUGACUCGGUGGAAGGCGGACAUCCGUAUUGCGAGAACGUGACACUUCAAGCCGACUCCUCUUCUGAGAAAGAGGAGCCUGAUGCAGUAGGAACAUCCGGCAGGGAAUGCCAGUCGUCAGCCCCAGUCUCUGCGGCGGACCAAGGGGAUCGAGGAAGGCGAGGAGAGCAGGUUGAAGAGAGAGCUGUCGGAGGCAGGGUGCCGCCGGAAGGUGGGACGUCAGGGCGUCAUGCGUGCGCGGAUGAAGGGGAGGUGCCUACAGAAGGCCCUGCAGAGGGUGACGCGUGCCGCCAGCUUUUGCCCAGUGAAAGAACAAGGGAGCACCUGGGGUUAGCUAAUAGUCAGCUUCCCGUCCCACACAUCGCCGUCAGUGAGCACCCUCAGGAAGGAAGCCUUCACAGAGCAGCUGUGACUCUGACAGAGGAAGCCCGGAGUCCACCAGCCGUGGUUAGUGAGAGUCCCGUUCAGUUUGAGGACCUCGAAGAAAUAUUUGACUCACCAGUUUGCCAAGUGAUGGGUGGGGACGCGACUUCGGGGCUGACUUUGUCUGAAGGGAACACAAGGACACAGAGAGAGCCAGUCACCCCUGGACCUGAAAGAGAGCCCCCUCUGUUGACUCAUUUGAAACCUUGUGCCCCGAAUGUAAAAGCCAAAGAUGUGCUGAAACUGAAUGGCGAUGCCCCCAGCUCUGUUCUCCCAGCCUCCCUCCCCAGGAAAGAGCACCUGCAGUCAGGAGUUGAGAAUGCAGAGGACGAGGCCAGGCUUGCUCUGGAGGAAUCACCACUCAUGGAGGGAGCCCAGCGGGAUGACAUUCCUGCUAAAGAAAGCGACUCAGAAGGAGGAACAGAGGGUCCUGAGUUCACACUGGAAAAUGGUGAAACUCCUCCAGCCUCACCUCUUAGACGUGUGGGAGGCCUUGGGAAACAUACCGAUUCUGUGCGGUCAGAACUCUGUGCAGAUGGCAUCAGAAGUGACAGCUCUAGUGGCCCUUUAAGCCCUGACUGCUCGUCCUUGGAAAUUAACCACAAGGAAGACAUCCUUAAGCAGCCACCACAAAAAGCACAAGCCUCCUUUCCAGGACUCCGGGAAAAGGAAGUUCAGGUUCCUGGGGUGUCGCAGGUCUGUGCUGAGGAUGUGAAGGAUGCCUUAAAAGGGAGAUUAGAAGAAUGUCACAGGAGCCCUCAAGAGGCUGAGGAACCAUCCACCUGCGCAGAUGCUAAAAUCUCGAUUCAAAACCUAAUUAAGAGGGUCAGUGCAUCACUGUUGGUACCUGAAGCAUCUGGUGGGCACAGCGACUCUGAAACUGGUGACCAUCCUGGCGCUUCCCCAUUGAUUAACUCACCAGAGCUGCAGGCAGAGGACAGAGCUGAUCCGUUCUGUAUUGCAAACCUCAAGUCUGAGCUUCCCCCCCCCACACUCAGGCAAAAUCAGCCUAGCCAGAAAAUCACAGGAGCCUUGGAACUGAUGAAAGAGUUAACUCGGAUGGGGUGUGAGCUAGAGAAAGGAGGUGUUACAUCCGAAGGACUUCCUGGGCAGCUCGGAAGUAUUUUCUCCAAGCUGUUUGCUGAUGGAUAUUCAGAGAAAGUUGAACAGGGUGGAAACUUGGGUCCGGAAUCAUCUACAGCUUCUGAGCAGGUGGACGAGCAGCCCCAUGUUCCUGACGAUCUGAAAAGCAAGGAGGGAAACCAUUGUUCUCUUCAUGUACAAACUGCAAACGACAGUGGACCAGAAAACUCUCCCACCUCUGCAUCAGCAUCUCCAAGAGACGGGAGGCUGGAAGAGCUUUUCACCAAAUCCCCGAACCAUUUGGAAUGUAUUUCAUGGUCCAAAGACAUGGCUUCUGGAGACAGCAGGAUGGAACAAUUCUCCAAUGAGAUGCAGCAGUGUUUACAGCACAGAUCAAAAAUGUGUGAGUAUUUGGCUUUGCUUCAAGAUAUGAAGCCCCCCUUGGACAACUGGGAGUCUCCAGAGAACAACCUAGAAGCUCUGAAGAACCAGCUUAAACAGUUGGAGAUGUUUGAAUUGGGAUUGGCUCCAAUCGCUGUGAUUCUAAGAAAGGACAUGGAGCUGGCAGAAGAAUUUGUGAAGUCUCUGCCGGCUGACUUCCCCAGGGGACCUCUUGAGGACCUGCACCUAAGCCUCCAGAGUCUGCGGUCAGCCUUCUCAUCCCUCAGCACUGCAUCUUCAGAAAGAAUGACCUACAUCACGUGGGCCAUCAACUCUGAGACGUCUAAACUGGCAGUUUCCCAUGAAGAAUUCCUGCACAGACUUCAGUCGUUCUCUUGUUGGGUCUCAGAGAAGAGCAGGUCUGUGAAGGGUAUGGAGGCCGUGAAGGUUCAAGAUACUGAACAUGUCAGGCAAAGCUUGGAGUUCCUCAAGAAUGUGUUAAAAGACCUUGGACACACCAAAACGCAGCUGGAGGCCACCGCCUUUGACGUGCAGUUCUUCAUUUCUGAACAUGCACAAGAUCUGUCCCCCACCCAGAGCCGGCAGCUGCUGAACCUCCUAAACACAACUCAGAAGGGUAUCCUUGACGCCCAGGGGUCCGUGACUGCCCAGGUGGAGCGUUUAGAAGCGCAGUUACAGCUCGAACAAGAGCUUGAUCAUCAGAAGGUGGUGGCAGAGCGCCAGCAGGAGUACAGAGAGAAGCUCCAGGGCAUCUGCGACCUCCUCACCCAAACCGAGAACCGCCUGAUCGGUCACCAGGAAGCCUUCGUGAUUGGAGAUGGCACGGCCGACUUGAAGAAGUACCAGUCCAGGCAGGAGGAAUUACAGAAAGAUAUGCAAGGAAGUGCCCAGGCUUUGGCAGAAAUAGUGAAAAACACAGAGAAUUUCUUGAAAGAGUGUGGCGAAAAGCUGUCCCAAGAAGAUAAGGCUCUGAUUGAACAGAAACUUAAUGAAGCGAAGAUAAAGUGUGAGCAGCUCAAUUUAAAGGCAGAACAAUCGAGAAAAGAGCUGGAUAAAGUUGUGACGACAGCAAUCAAGGAAGAAACAGAAAAGGUUGCAGCCGUGAAGCAGCUGGAAGAGAGCAAAACCAAAAUAGAAAACCUUCUGGACUGGUUGUCAAAUGUUGACAGAGACUCAGGAAGGGCAGAGAUGGAACAGAAACAGGUCAUUGAGCAAAACGGGACUCAUUUUCAAGAGGAUGAUGGCAAGUCAGUGAUGGGAGAAGAGGAUGAGGUUAAUGGGAACCUGUUGGAUACGGAUGUUGAUGGGCAGGUUAGGGCCCCGGAGGAGAAUCUGAACCAGCAGUACCAGAGGAUGAAGGCCCAGCACGAGGAGCUGGCGGCCCAGCACCAGGCUGUCCUCCUGGCCACCCAGGCAACCCAGGCCUUGCUGGACAAGCAGGGCCACCACCUGUCCCCGGAGGAGCGGGAGAAGCUGCAGCGGAAGACCAAGGAGCUGCAGGCGCAUUACCAGACGGCCCUGGCCGAGUCGGAGAGGAGGGUGCGCCUGACCCGCUCCCUGCGGGAGGAGCUGGAGAAGUUCGAGGCCGACUGCGGCGAGUUUGAGCUCUGGCUGCAGCAGUCGGAGCAAGAGCUCGUGAACCUGGAGGCCGGGGCCGACGACCUCGCGGGCCUGAGGGCCAAACUCAAGAGGCAAAGGAGCUUCUCGGAAGACGUCAUCUCGCACAAAGGGGACCUGAGAUACAUCACCAUCUCGGGGAGCAGGGUGCUGGAAGCGGCCAAGUCUUGCAGCCGGAGAGAGGGCGGCGGCCGGGCUGAGCCCGUGGACACCUCUGCCACCCACAGGGAGGUGCAGGCCCGGCUGGAUCGUGCCACCGACCGCUUCCGGUCCCUCUACACAAAGUGCAACGUUCUGGGGAAUAACCUCAAAGAUCUGGUGGAUAAAUACCAGCACUAUGAGGAUGCUUCGUGCGGCCUCCUUUCUGGGCUCCAGGCCUACGAGGCCUCAGCCAGCAGACACCUCUCCGAGCCCAUUGCCGUGGACCCUGAAAACCUGCAGAGGCAGCUGGAAGAGACCAAGGUUCUGCAAGGACAGAUAUCAAGUCAGCAGGUUGCUGUGGAGAAACUGAAGAAGACGGCCGAAGUGCUUCUGGACGCCAGGGGGUCUUUGCUUCCAGCCAAGAAUGACAUUCAGAAAACACUGGAUGACAUUGUCGGGAGAUACGACAGCCUUUCCAGGUCCGUGAGUGAACGAAAUGAGAAGCUGCAGGUAACAGUGACCCGGUCCCUGAGCGUGCAGGACGGGCUGGACGAGAUGCUGGACUGGAUGGGGGGCGUGGAGCGCUCCCUGAGAGAGGACGGCCAGGUGCCCCUGAACUCUGCUGCCCUGCAGGACAUCAUCAGUAAAAACAUCAUGUUGGACCAGGACAUCUCCGGGCGGCAGAGCCGACUCAAGGCCAUGACCGAGAAGGUGGAGAGGUUCACGGAGACCUCGGAUCCAUCCACCGCGUCCUCGCUGCAGGCCCGGGUGAAGGACUUGUCCCUCCGGUUUUCUGAAGCCAGUCACCGACACAAAGAAAAACUUGCCAAAAUGGAAGAACUCAAAACCAAAGUGGAGCUGUUUGAGAACCUCUCAGAGAAGCUCCAGACCUUCCUAGAAACAAAAACCCAGGCUCUCACGGAGGCAGACGUGCCCGGGCGCGAUGUCACCGAGUUGUCCCAGUACCUGCAGGAAUCAACUUAUGAAUUGCAAGAAUGCAAGAAAGAUCUUGAAGUUUUGCAGAAUCUCUUGAAGGAAAUCUCCAACCAUGGUUUGCCGGGUGAUAAGGCUCUGGUCUUUGAAAAAACAAAUAACUUGUCAAAGAAAUUCAGGGAAAUGGAGGAUACCGUCAAAGAAAAAAAAGAAGCUGUAUCUUCCUGUCAAGAACAGAUGGACGCCUUUCAAGUCCUUGUUCAAUCCUUAAAGUCGUGGAUAAAAGAAACCACAGAAAGAGUUCCUGUUGUGCAGUCUUCUUUCGGUGCAGAGGAUUUGGGGAAAUCUUUGGAAGAAACUAAGAAAUUACAAGAAAAGUGGAGCUUAAAAACACCAGAGAUUCAGAAAGUCAGCAACAGCGGGAUCUCACUAUGUAACCUAAUAAGUGCUGUGACGACCCCUGCAAAGGCCAUAGCAGCAGUGAAGUCAGGUGGAGUGAUAUUAAAUGGUGACGGAACAGCCACAGAUACUCAGGAAAUUUGGGGAAAUAAAGAAUUAACGUCCGUUAAAAAGGAUAUGACCGACAUAAGCCACGACUAUGAAGAUCUUGGCCUCUUACUUAAGGACAAAAUAGCUGAGCUGAAUACCAAACUCUCCAAAUUGCAAAAGGCCCAGGACGAAUCCAGUGCGAUGAUGCAGUGGCUUCAGAAGAUGAACACAACUGCCACGACGUGGCAGCAGGCCCCCACCCCGACCGACACCGAGGCCGUGAAGAGUCAGGUGGAGCAGAACAAGUUGUUUGAGGCUGAACUGAAGCAAAAUGUAAACAAAGUGCAGGAGUUGAAAGACAAAUUGACAGAGCUGGUGGAGGAGAACCCAGACGCGCCGGAGGCCCCCAAGUGGAAGCAGAUGUUGAAGGAAAUCGAUUCUAAGUGGCAAGAUCUCAAUCAGUUUACUGUUGAAAGACAGCAAAAAUUGGAAGAAUCAUCAAAUAAUCUAACCCAGUUCCAGACCAUAGAGGCUCAGUUGAAGCAGUGGCUUGUGGAAAAAGAACUGAUGGUCAGUGUCCUCGGGCCCUUGUCGAUUGACCCGAACAUGCUCAACACACAGAGACAACAGGUGCAGAUUCUGCUGCAGGAGUUUGAGACCAGGAAGCCUCAGUACCAACAGCUCACAGCGGCUGGUCAGAGCAUCCUGAACAGACCCGGGGAGCACCCUGCCUUCCACGGGGUCGUAAAGGAGCAGCUGGCAGCCGUGACCCAGAAGUGGGACAGCCUCACGGGACAGCUGAAGGACAGAUGUGAGCGCAUCGACCAGGCCAUCGUGAAGAGCACCCAGUAUCAGAGCCUGCUGAGACGCCUGGCCGAGAAGCUGGCCGAUGUGGACGAGAAACUCAGCAGCAAGUCGGCUGGAGGCGCCACCCCCGAUGCCAUGAACCAGCAGCUGGAAACAGCCCAGAAAGUGAAGCAGGAGAUCGAGCAGGAAUCAAAGCAAAUCCGGGUGGCCCAGGCCCUGUGCGAGGAGCUGUCAGCCCUGGUCAGGGAGGAGUACUUGAAAGCAGAGCUCGGUCGGCAGCUCGAAGGCAUCGUAAAGUCCUUUAAGGAUGUUGAACAAAGAGCAGAAAACCAUGUCCAGCACCUUCAGUCGGCCUGUGCCAGCUCUCAUCAGUUCCAGCAAAUGUCUAGAGAUUUCCAGACAUGGCUGGAGACAAAGAAAGAAGAGCAGAGCAAGGCUCCUCCCAUAUCUGCCAAACUCGAGGUCUUGGAGUCGCUAAUUAAAGAUCAGAAAGACUUCAGGAGAACGCUGACCGCUCAGUCUCACAUUUAUGAGAAAACCAUCGCGGAGGGUGAAAAUCUGUUGUUCAAAACACAAGGGGCUGAGAAGGUAGCCUUGCAGUCACAAUUGAACACGAUGAAAACCAACUGGGAUGGCUUUAACAAGCUGGUGAGAGAAAGAGAAGACAGAGUCAAGGAUUCCCUGGAGAAAGCCCUCAAAUACAAAGAGCACGUGGAGAGCCUCCAGCCAUGGAUUGACAGAUGUCAGAAUAGCCUGGAGGAAAUCAAGUUUGGCCUGGACCCUGCUGAGAUGGAGACCUCUCUUGGCCAGUUAAAGUCUCUGCAGAAGGAUAUGGACCAGCACUUCGGGAUGGUGGAACAGCUGGAGGGCGCAGCCAGCAGCCUGCUCAGUGUGUGCGAGGCGGACAGGGAGGGGGUUGCCGAGGAGAAGGAUGCGCUGGUCCGGAAAGUGGAUCUGGUCACUGAGCAAGUGCACAAGAAGAAGUUCUCUCUGGAGACCCUGGCCCAGAAGUUUAAAGAAUUUCAGGAAGUUUCCAAAGAAGCCCAAAGGCAGCUUCAGGGUGCCAAGGAACAGCUGGAUGGACUCGAGUCCCUGGGGCCCCAGGCGCACAGCAGCAAGUCCCUGACCAUGUUGCAGACGCAGCAGAAGGCACUUCAGACCUUGAGGCCCCAGGUGGAUCUGGCCCAGGGCCUCGCCAAGGACCUGGUGGCCGGGGCCUCGGACCCAGGGGGCACCUCCGAGGUUUUACUGCAGGCGGAAAGCUUGGCCCAGGAGCACAGCGCCCUCAGCCAGCAGGUGGAGGAAAAGUGCUCCUUCUUAGAAACCAAGCUUCAGGGCAUCGGGCAUUUCCAGAACACCAUCCGAGAGAUGUUUUCCCAGUUCGCGGAGUUCGAUGAUGAGCUGGAUAGCAUGGCACCAGUGGGGAGGGAUGGGGAAACCCUGCAGAAGCAAAAGGAGGCUAUCGAAGCCUUCCUGAAGAAACUGGAAGCCCUCAUCGCCAGCAACGCCAACGCCAACAAGACGUGCAAGAUGAUGCUGGCCACUGAGGAAGCCUGUCCCGACCUCGUGGGGAUCCGACGGGACCUGGAGGCUUUAAGCAAACAGUGCAACAAGCUCCGGGACCGAGCCCAAGCCCGGGAAGAGCAGGUCCUGGGGACUGUGGCACGCCUGGAAGAAUUCUACAGCAAACUGAAGGAAUUCUGCACUCUGCUCCAGGACGCUGAAGAGCACGAGGAGUCGCAAGGUCCCGUAGGCAUGGAGACGGAGGCGAUCAACCAGCAGCUUGAGGUGUUCAAGGUGUUCCAAAAGGAAGAGAUCGAGCCUCUGCAGGUGAAGCAGCAGGAUGUGAACUGGCUGGGCCAGGGCCUCAUUCAGAGCGCAGCAAAGGGCACCAGCACCCAGGCCCUGGAGCACGACCUGGACAGUGCCAGCACGCGGUGGAAGACCCUCAACAAGAAGGUGGCCCAGCGGGCAGCCGAGCUGCAGGAGGCCCUGCUGCACUGUGGCAGGUUCCAGGACGCCCUGGAAUCCCUGCUCAGCUGGAUGGAGGACACCGAGGAGCUUGUGGCCCAUCAGAAGCCCCCGUCAGCCGAGUUCAAGGUGGUGAAGGCCCAGAUCCAGGAGCAGAAGCUUCUCCAGAGGCUGUUGGAUGACCGCAAGUCCACCGUGGAGGUGAUCAAACGAGAAGGAGAAAAAAUUGCCGCCACCGCGGAACCUGCAGAUAAAGUGAAGAUUUUGAAACAGCUGAGCCUCCUGGGCAGUCGGUGGGAAGCGCUGCUCAGUAAGGCUGAGAGCAGGAACCGCCAGUUGGAAGGCAUCUCCGUGGUUGCCCAGCAAUUCCACGAAACCCUUGAGCCACUGAACGAGUGGCUGACGACCGUCGAAAAGAGGCUGGCGAACUGCGAGCCCAUCGGAACCCAGGCGUCCAAACUGGAGGAGCAGAUCGCACAGCACAAAGCCUUAGAAGAUGAGAUCAUCCAUCACAGUAAACAUUUACACCAGGCCGUUAGCGUUGGCCAGUCCUUAAAGGUUUUGAGCUCCAGGGAGGACAGAGAUGUGGUGCAGAGUCAAUUAGACUCCUCUCAAGUCUGGUACAUUGAGAUCCAAGAGAAAAGCCACAGCAGGUCCGAGCUCCUCCAGCAGGCCCUGUGCAAUGCUAAGAUUUUUGGGGAAGAUGAAGUGGAGCUGAUGAAUUGGCUGAGCGAAGUUCACGGCAAGCUGAGUAGGCUCUCGGUCCAGGACUUCAGCCUGGAGGGGCUGUGGACACAGCAGGCUGAACUGCGGGUUCUGCAAGAGGACAUCCUACUCAGAAAACAAAAUGUAGAUCAGGCCUUACUCAAUGGUUUAGAACUACUUAAACAGACAACAGGUGAUGAAGUUUUAAUAAUUCAAGAUAAAUUGGAAGCCAUUAAAGCCAGGUACAAGGAUAUCACUAAACUGAGCACGGACGUGGCCGAGACCCUGGAGCAGGCCCUGCAGCUCGCACGGCGACUGCACACCACACACGAGGGGCUGUGCACCUGGCUGGACGCCGUGGAGAGCGAGAUGCUCUCGUACGAAACGCAGGUCCUGAAAGGGGACGCGGCCGGUCAAGCACACGCGAGGCAAAAAGAGCUGAAGAAGGAAGCUAAGAGCAGCAGGGCCCUGCUGGAUUCCCUCAACGAAGUGAGUGCCGCACUGCUGGAGCUGGUGCCCUGGAGAGCGAGGGAAGGGCUUGAAAAAAUGGUGGCCGAGGACAACGAGCGCUUCCGCUUAGUGAGCGACACCAUCACGCAGAGGGUGGAGGAGAUGGACGCGGCCGUCCUGCGGGCCCAGCAGUUUGACCAAGCAGCCGAUGCGGAGUUAUCCUGGAUUACUGAAACAGAGGAGAAAUUGGCGUCUCUGGGUGACAUCAGGCUUGAGCAAGACCAGACCUCUGCUCAGCUGCAGGUUCAAAAGACAUUCACCAUGGAGAUCUUGCGGCACAAGGACCUUAUUGAUGAGCUGGUUACUUCGGGACAUCAGCUCAUGAGCACGUGCAGCGAAGAGGAAAAGCAGGCCAUGAAGAAAAAGCUGGACAAGGUAUUGAAGAACUAUGAUGCCAUCUGUCAGAUGAACUCAGAGAGGUACCUGCAGUUAGAGCGGGCACAGUCCCUGGUGAACCAGUUCUGGGAAACCUAUGAGGAACUGUGGCCUUGGCUGAUGGACACACAGCAAACCAUCUCCCAGCUUCCUGCCCCCGCCCUCGAGUAUGAAACCCUGAGGCAGCAACAGGAGGAGCACCGGCAACUGCGAGAGUUGAUAGCGGAACACAAGCCUCACAUAGAUAAGAUGAACAAAACUGGGCCACAGUUGCUGGAACUGAGCCCGAGGGAAGGCUUUUCCAUCCAAGAGAAAUACGUGGCUGCCGACACCCUCUACAGUCAAAUUAAAGAAGACGUCAAAAGACGGGCCAUGGCGCUGGAUGAGGCCAUUUCUCAGUCUACGCAGUUCCACGACAAGAUCGACCAGAUCCUGGAGAGCCUGGAGCGCAUCGUGGAGCGUCUGCGGCAGCCGCCGUCCAUCUCCGCGGAGGUGGAGAAGGUCAAGGAGCAGAUCAGCGAGAACAAGAACGUGGCGGUGGACAUGGAGAAGCUGCAGCCUCUGUAUGAAACCCUCCGGAAGCGGGGGGAGGAGAUGAUCGCCCGGUCCCAGGGCACUGACAAGGACAUCUCUGCCAAAGCUGUUCAGGAUAAGCUUGACCGAAUGGUUUUUAUUUGGGAGAACAUACACACGCUGGUGGAGGAAAGGGAAGCCAAGCUACUGGACGUGAUGGAAUUAGCAGAGAAGUUCUGGUGCGACCACAUGUCGCUGGUGGUGACCACCAAGGAUACUCAGGACUUCAUCCGGGAUCUGGAGGACCCUGGGAUUGACCCCUCCGUGGUGAAACAACAGCAGGAAGCAGCAGAGGCCGUACGGGAGGAGAUAGACGGGCUGCAGGAAGAGCUGGAUAUGGUUAUUAACCUGGGUUCCGAGCUCAUGGCCGCGUGCGGGGACCCCGACAAGCCCAUCGUCAAGAAGAGCAUAGACGAGUUAAACUCAGCGUGGGAUUCUCUAAACAAAGCUUGGAAAGACCGGGUGGACAGGCUAGAGGAGGCGAUGCAGGCCGCCGUUCAGUACCAGGAUGGACUGCAGGCAAUAUUCGACUGGGUGGAUAUUGCAGGUGGUAAAUUGGCUUCCAUGUCUCCGGUUGGGACAGAUCUUGAAACUGUCAAGCAGCAGAUGGAAGAGCUAAAGCAAUUUAAGUCAGAGGCCUAUCAGCAGCAGAUAGAAAUGGAGAGACUUCACCACCAGGCUGAGCUGCUGCUGAAGAAAGUAACAGAGGAAAGCGACAAACACACCGUUCUGGAUCCACUGAUGGAGCUGAAAUUGAUAUGGGACAGUCUGGAUGAGAGAAUCGUCAACAGACAGCACAAGCUGGAGGGCGCUCUGUUAGCACUGGGGCAGUUCCAGCACGCCCUGGACGAGCUGCUGGUGUGGCUCACACACACGGAGGACUUGCUGGGCGAACAGAAGCCAGUCGGAGGAGACCCCAAGGCCAUUGAGAUUGAGCUCGCCAAGCAUCAUGUGCUCCAAAAUGACGUGUUAGCCCAUCAGUCCACAGUGGAAGCUGUUAAUAAAGCAGGAAAUGAUCUCAUUGCAUCAAGCGCAGGAGAAGAAGCGAGCAGCCUCCAGAACAAGCUAGAGGUUUUAAAUCAACGCUGGCAGAACGUCCUGGAGAAAACGGAACAGAGGAAGCAGCAGCUGGAUGGAGCCUUGCGCCAGGCCAAGGGCUUCCACGGUGAAAUCGAGGAUUUGCAGCAGUGGCUGAGCGACACGGAGCGCCACCUGUUAGCAUCCAAGCCUCUCGGAGGUUUGCCAGAAACAGCCAGGGAGCAGCUCAACGCUCACUUGGAAAUCUGUGCUGCCUUUGAUGGUAAAGAAGAAACAUAUAAGAGUCUGGUGCAGAGAGGCCAGCAGGUGCUUGAAAGAUGCCCCCAGUCUGCAGAGACGAAUAUCGACCAGGACAUAAAUAACUUGAAGGAAAAAUGGGAGUCGGUGGAAACCAAACUCAACGAAAGGAAGGUGAAACUGGAAGAGGCCCUCGCCUUGGCAGUGGAUUUCCAUAACUCCCUCCAGGACUUCAUCAACUGGCUCACCCAGGCCGAGCAGACCCUAAACGUGGCUUCUCGGCCAAGCCUCAUCUUGGACACCGUCUUGUUCCAAAUCGACGAACACAAGGUCUUUGCCAAUGAAGUAAAUUCUCACCGGGAGCAAAUCAUAGAGCUGGACAAAACUGGAACCCACCUGAAGUAUUUCAGUCAGAAGCAAGAUGUCGUGCUCAUCAAGAAUCUGCUGAUCAGCGUGCAGAGUCGGUGGGAGAAAGUGGUCCAGCGCUUGGUCGAGAGAGGAAGGUCUUUAGAUGAUGCCAGGAAGAGGGCCAAGCAGUUCCAUGAAGCCUGGAGUAAGCUUAUGGAAUGGUUGGAAGAGUCAGAAAAGUCUUUGGAUGCUGAGCUGGAAAUUGCCAACGACCCAGACAAAAUCAAAACCCAGCUGGCCCAGCACAAGGAGUUCCAGAAGUCUCUGGGGGCCAAGCAUUCGGUCUACGACACCACGCACAGGACCGGGCGCUCGCUCAAGGAGAAGACCUCGCUGGCCGAUGACAACCUGAAGCUGGACGACAUGCUGAGUGAGCUCCGAGACAAGUGGGACACCAUCUGCGGAAAGUCCGUGGAGAGACAAAACAAACUGGAAGAAGCCCUCUUGUUUUCUGGACAAUUCACAGACGCCCUGCAGGCCCUCAUUGACUGGCUGUACAGGGUCGAGCCCCAGCUGGCUGAGGACCAGCCUGUCCACGGUGACAUCGAUUUGGUGAUGAAUCUUAUCGAUAAUCACAAGGUCUUCCAGAAGGAGCUGGGGAAGAGGACCAGCAGUGUGCAGGCACUGAAACGCUCUGCCCGGGAGCUCGUGGAGGGCAGCCGGGAUGACUCCUCCUGGGUCCGGGUCCAGAUGCAGGAGCUGAGCACGCGCUGGGAGACCGUGUGCGCGCUCUCCAUAUCCAAGCAGACCCGGCUGGAGGCGGCCCUGCGCCAGGCAGAGGAGUUUCACGCGGUGGUCCACGCCCUCCUGGAGUGGCUGGCGGAAGCCGAGCAGACCCUUCGUUUCCAUGGCGUUCUCCCAGACGAUGAGGAUGCACUUCGGACGCUCAUCGAUCAGCAUAAAGAAUUCAUGAAGAGGCUGGAGGAAAAGCGCACCGCCCUCAAUAAGGCCACCACCAUGGGGGACGCGAUCCUGGCCAUCUGCCACCCGGACUCCAUCACCACCAUCAAGCACUGGAUCACCAUCAUCCGGGCCAGGUUCGAGGAGGUGCUGGCCUGGGCGAAGCAGCACCAGCAGAGGUUGGCCAGCGCCCUGGCCGGGCUCAUCGCUAAGCAGGAGCUGUUGGAGGCGCUGCUGGCUUGGCUGCAGUGGGCCGAGACCACCUUGACUGACAAGGACAAGGAGGUCAUCCCCCAGGAGAUCGAAGAGGUGAAGGCCCUCAUCGCGGAACACCAGAGCUUCAUGGAGGAAAUGACCAGGAAACAACCUGAUGUGGAUAAAGUCACCAAGACCUACAAGAGGAGAGCUGCUGACCCCUCCUCCCUGCAGUCCCACAUCCCGGUCUUGGAUAAGGGGCGAGCCGGAAGAAAACGCUUCCCAGCCUCAAGCUUCUAUCCCUCUGGGUCCCAGACACAAAUCGAAACCAAGAAUCCCAGGGUCAACUUACUGGUCAGCAAAUGGCAGCAGGUCUGGCUCCUGGCCUUGGAGAGGAGGAGAAAGCUGAACGAUGCCUUGGACAGACUGGAAGAGCUGAGGGAAUUCGCCAACUUCGAUUUCGAUAUCUGGCGCAAAAAGUACAUGCGGUGGAUGAACCACAAGAAAUCCCGAGUGAUGGACUUUUUCCGGAGGAUCGAUAAGGACCAGGAUGGGAAAAUAACCCGACAAGAAUUUAUUGACGGGAUUCUUUCCUCAAAGUUCCCCACCAGCCGUCUGGAGAUGAGCGCGGUCGCGGACAUCUUCGACAGGGACGGCGACGGCUACAUCGACUACUAUGAGUUUGUAGCCGCCCUUCACCCCAAUAAGGACGCGUAUAAGCCCAUCACGGACGCCGACAAAAUCGAAGAUGAGGUGACAAGGCAGGUAGCUAAGUGCAAAUGUGCGAAGCGAUUCCAAGUGGAACAGAUCGGAGAUAACAAGUACAGGUUCUUCCUGGGAAAUCAGUUUGGAGACUCCCAGCAGCUGCGGCUUGUCCGAAUCCUGCGAAGCACCGUCAUGGUCCGUGUUGGAGGUGGAUGGAUGGCGCUGGAUGAGUUCUUAGUGAAAAAUGACCCCUGCAGGGUUCAUCAUCAUGGGAGUAAAAUGUUACGUUCGGAAUCAAACUCUUCAAUUACUACUACUCAGCCUACUAUAGCUAAAGGACGGACGAACAUGGAACUCCGGGAGAAGUUCAUUCUGGCGGACGGAGCCAGUCAGGGCAUGGCUGCCUUCCGGCCCCGGGGCCGGAGAUCGAGGCCCUCGUCUCGGGGAGCCUCCCCCAACCGAUCCACCUCCGUGUCCAGCCAGGCUGGCCAGGCGGCCACCCCACCCGUCCCCGCCACCAGCACACCCAAGAUUCUCCACCCUUUAACUCGCAAUUACGGUAAACCCUGGUUGACAAACAGCAAAGUGUCAACUCCUUGUAAACCAGCAGAGUGCUCAGACUUGCCCAUGUCGUCUCCAGAGGGAACGCCCAUCCAAGGGAGCAAGCUUCGACUGCCCGGGUACCUAUCAGGGAAAGGUUUCCACUCCGGGGAGGACGGCGGCUUGAUCACGACCGCAGCCGCCAGGGUGCGGACGCAGUUCCCCGAUCCCAAGAAGACACCCAGCCGGCCUGGCAGCCGGGCAGGCAGCAAAGCCGGCAGCCGGGCCAGCAGCCGCCGCGGCAGCGAUGCAUCCGACUUCGACAUCUCCGAGAUCCAGUCCGUGUGCUCAGACGUGGAGGCCGUGCCCCCCACGCACAGGCCAACGCCGCGGGCGCGCUCUCGGCCGUCCUCGGCCAAGCCUUCCAAAAUCCCCACACCCCAGAGGAGGCCAGCCGCCAGCAAAGUGGACAAGUCCUCCAAGAGAUAGUGCAGUUGGGUCCCCCCGGCCCUUCCUAGAACAUUUACUAUUUAAGUUGGAAAAGAUGUAAAAUACGAUGUAGAAAAUAUUGGGAAAUAUUGCGAGAGGCGCGUUUAAAAAUUCUGCAGAUGGCCUUAUUUGUGUAUUUGUCUUUUUAUUCUCUGUAUAAUUUCUGGUCAGCUGUUCGGGGGUGACAGUCACAUUGUGGGGUGGGGGGAGAGAGUGGACAGGCACGCGGAGCCCAGCGGGGUGCCCGCUGGAAUCAGUCACUGUACCUGCAGGUAAGUCCACGGCCUCUUGCCGCUCACAACCCUCCACCAGGGGCUGGCGUUCAGGAUACCUCAUGACACCAUCUUCUUGAUUUUGUGGAAACUCUGAAAAGCCAAAAGACGCCCACAGAGUUACUAUAUUCUGAAAUGACCUAAGUGUAAACUGAGAUGGGGGCACAGAGACCCACACACUCACUGCAGUUCUCAGCAUCAUCCCUGGCAGAGAACCCCCAGGAAGUUCCUUUCAGCUCCUGCCCCAUUUCCGGGCCACUGCUUGGCCCGAGGCCGGAGGCGUCCUGGACAUGAGACCCGUUAUCCUGUGUAAGAGCAUCAUUAUAAAGCGCAUUCACGUAUAUGUCAGGUUUUCUUUUGCUUGAGUGGAAGUAGCACCUGCAUCCUCGAACUCAUUUUGUAUCAGAGCAGUUUCGCUUGCAGAAAAGCUAUGAAAUAAAACGUGUCCCUUAACUACA